CUCUCUCUCUCGCGCGCGCGCUCUAGCGGGAAGAAAAUUGGCGCGGUCAACUACUGCCGAAACAUGCCGUACCUAAGAGAAGCCAGCGGCGGCGCGUUCCCCCGCUUUGAUGAUUCCGAGCCUUUAAGUCUUCAACUCCAUCACCAUUACCAACCCCAGCCUCAGACCUGUCCAUAUUUUUCUGCUGCGAGGCAGUUCCUGUUUCACCUAUCCUUCCUCCAAUGAGCUUGCAAUAUCGGUCAUUUUGGCUAUCUUUCUCUAAUGGAAGUGGUCAUUAUCUCAAUAUCUAGCCGCCAUCCGUUCUGCUGCUUCUCUUUGGUAGUUGAGACAUCUAGCGUCUAAUUCACUCAAAAGUUUCGUCAUUGCUCUUGAUUUUUGUAGGGACGCGGCUUUAGAAACUACAGUGUGGUCAGUUGUCUCUUGUCACGAUUGGAGGUCACGUUAAUCUUUUCUUAUAAAAUAUCGAACAAUUCGGUGGAAAGGAUAAGCUCCUUCCUCGUGCUUCAUGGUAAUAUUUGCUCCAUUAUUGAGCAUUUUUUUCAACCGAAUGUUCUUAUAUGUUUGUAGAAUUUAAUGAGUGUCCACCUGAGAAAUAGAUCGAACAGUUCAGUUCAGGGAAAUACUUUGUAGCUUCCUUGUCGAGCAAUGAUCGUUUCAGCUCUAUUAACGUCUGUUGGCAUCAACCUUGGCCUUUGUAUCCUAUUUUAUGCAUUGUACUCUAUACUAAGGAAGCAGCCAUGGAAUGUUCACGUCUAUGUUCCUCGAUUAGUAGCAGAAAAGAAGGUGAAGGAAGGAGGUCAUUUCCAGUUGGAGGGGCUGUUGCCUUCAGCUGGUUGGAUAAAAAAGGCAUGGGAACCAUCUGAGGAGGAGCUACUCGCUGUCGCAGGGUUUGACUCUAUGGUUUUUAUGCGCAUUUUUAUCUUCAGCUUGAAAAUAUUUUCAGUUGCUACGGUCAUCGGGAUAUUCAUUCUUCUUCCAAUAAAUUAUUUUGGUCAGCAACUAAGUGAUAUAGACUAUUCAGAUAUUCCCAGUCAAUCGUUGGACUUGUUUACCAUUUCAAACGUGAAAAAUGGCUCCAAAUGGUUAUGGGUACAUUUUGCUGCUGUUUAUAUUAUCUCAGGAGCCGCUUGCUAUCUUCUUUAUAAUGAACACAAUCAUAUUACUUCAAAGAGACUUGAAUACUUCUAUUCAACUAAAUCUGAACCUCGUGAGUUCACUAUAGUUGUUCGUGGAAUUCCUGUUGCUCAAGGGAGUAGUUUGGAUGACACUGUUGAAAAGUUUUACAAAGAAUACUAUCCUUCAACCUACCUAUCACAUGAAAUGGUUCAUAGAACAAGCAGACUUCAAUCUCUUAUUAAUGAUGCAGAGAAUCUUUACAAGAAGAUUGUCCAUCUGAAGUCAAAAGCAACUACAGAGGGAAAUUCAGAGCAUGGUGGUGGCUGCUUUGGACUACGGCGUAGGACAGAUCUUGUUAACGAACAUAUAAAGAAAUUGGAAACUUUAGAAGAAAAUGCCAGGCUUGAACAGUCAGAUAUUUUAAUAAGAGGAAAGGAAAUUCCUGCUGCAUUUGUUUCUUUUAGAUCCUGUUAUGAUGCGGCAGCUGCAAAUCAAAUACAACAGCGACCCAAUCCAACAGAAUGGACCACUGAGCAAGCUCCAGAGCCUCGUGAUGUUUACUGGCCAUUCCUUUUAACCACAUUUCUUCAAAGGUGGACAUUCAAGUUGGUCGAUCUAAUUGCAUAUAUUGCACUGACUGUUCUAUUCAUUGUUCCUGUUGUGUUUGUACAAGGACUUGCAAACCUUGAGGAGCUAGAACUGUUCUUUCCUCUUCUGACAGGCUUAUUAAGCAUAACUGUUGUAAGUCAGGUGAUUACAGGAUAUCUUCCAAGUCUUAUACUUCAGAUGUUUCUAUCCAUUGUACCACCCAUCAUAAAGCUAUUCUCCUCCCUCCGAGGAUAUAUAUCUCACAGCCAAAUUGAGAGAAGUGCUUGCAGAAAAAUACUAUGGUUCACCGUGUGGAAUAUUUUCUUUGUAAAUGUGUUAUCUGGAUCUGUUGCUAGCCAACUUAAUGUGUUUACUGAUCCAAGCCAUAUCCCGAUGAGGUUGGCAGUUGCAGUACCAGCACAGGCUUCCUUCUUUAUUUCCUACGUUGCAACAUCUGGAUGGACAAGUCUUUUGCUAGAGCUCAUCCGUAUUAUUCCGCUUCUUCGUGACAUUAUUAAACGGCACUGUUCCAAAACUGCUGACCAUGAUUUUUCUGUACCAUCAUUAUCUUAUCAUGGAACUGUUCCUAAGAUCCUUUUCUUUGCUCUUCUUGGAAUUACGUACUCCUUCUUGGCUCCAUUGAUACUGCCUUUCCUUUUGUUUUACUUCUCUCUUGGCUAUGUUACCUACCGUAAUCAGCUAUUAAAUGUUUACAUGCCGAAGUUUGAGACUUGUGGGAAAUUUUGGCCUAUAGUGCACAACGGUCUGGUGUUUUCUUUGAUAUUGAUGCAAGCCAUUGCCAUAGGAAUAUUUGCAUUGAAGAAGCUUGCACUAGCUUCCAGUUUGACAAUUCCACUUCCUGUGCUCACACUUAUAUUUAGCUGGUAUUGUAGGAAACGUUUCCUAUCCAUGUUGAAUACAUAUUCUGCAGAGAGCUUGAUAAAGAAGGACCGUGAAGUGCAAAAUGACCCUAUGCUUAAUGAAUUUCUUGACAAGCUUACUACUGCUUAUCGUCAUCCGGCAUUGUCGCCCGUGCAGUAUUCUGCAAAACUAGAAGAUGAAAGCAGGACCCCUCUUCUUACUUAGGAUGCCUAACAAGUGAAUUCAGUUUAAGGUUGUUGACAGUUCCGUAGGUUUUUUUUCUCAAGUGACAAAUGUAUGGUUUUACUGAAGCAUGGGCAGCGUCGGGAAUUGUAUUGAAAUAUAAGAUCAUGUCAUGUAUUAUAUCUGCUAGCGUGUAGGUACGUUUUAUGUUCUGUCUGUUGGCAUUCUGUGUCUUGGCACGUUAAUUUUUAUCACAUGGAUAUGUGCAUGUUCUUCCUUAGAAACAAUAGUUAAUGGCAAGCUAAACACAGUAUAAAUAAAAUGCUUUCUUCUUUA